UUAAAUCUGGGCUCUGAUUGGUCCGCUGUGUCAUCCUGUCAGCAGGUAACUUGGGUAUCAUCUGUACUCUAACCCCAAGCAGGUGAGUUUGGUUUGUUAGGGAGCUCAGUAACAGUUUAACUGGUUUAACUCUGGACCACCUGGAGAUCUUUUUAUCUUCAUAAACAGUCUAUCAGCCAGGACCAGGAAAACAGAACUUCCAGACGGUCCUUGAACCUAUCAUCUGUGAUGUUCAUGAAGAACAUUUACCAGAACGUCUGGAGAGGAAACAUGGCGAUAGAACAUCUACAGCAGCAGGAGAUGGUAGAAACCAGCUGGAGGUUCUGAAAGACGUUUCUAGAAACCAUCACCAGGACCUGGAUGACUGAGAACCUCCACAGGAUGAGGAGACAACGCUAGUCCAGAGUUUAACAUCUGAGGAGACACGGUGGUUCCAGGUUUUUAUUAAAACUGAUUUUCAUCCUUCUACUGCCAGAAGACAUCUCUGAGUUGUCUCCUUCUUCAUGAUGUUCUGGUUCCUCAGAGCUGCAGGACCUGAACAUGAACCUCAGAGAAAAAGAAGAAGACAGGAGCAGAAACCGCCAGGAACUGUUGGAGAUCUCACGUUUUUUCUGUAACCGUGUUAAAGCAGCAGCUGAAAUCACUGACUGCAGAUUCUCUGGUUACCAUGGUAACCGUCAGCAGCACAACACGCCUGCAGCAUGUGAUCUGCGUGUGCGUGAGGUCAGAGUGUGGAGGCUGAGAGCAGCCAAUCAGCUGCCAGUUCUGUGUCAGGUGACCGAUGGAUGGAUGCUGCAGUUCAUCAGCAGCUUUAGAUUCCAAGUCAGGGUUCCACAGGGUUCUACAGGGUUCCAAAGGGUUCGACCUUAAUAAUAAUAAAACUAAUAAUCAACACGACACCAAACUGCUGCAUGCUGCUGAGGCUCAGCUGCUUCUGAGAGGAUCAUGACUAAUAGUUUAUUAACUGAUAGAUCAGCUGUAGUUCCUGGUUGUUCCACCAGGUGGAGCCUCUUCCUGUUUAAUCCUGUAGAGACCAGAGGAGGUUAAAGCAGAGAGCAUUGUGGGAGUUUAGCUAGCUGAGGAGGUGAAUGACCUCCACCCAGAGCUCAGGUGAAGCUCACCUGGAGGACUCUACCUGCUGUUCUGAAGUUGUGGAUGUUCUGUCAGUGGUUUAAAGGUUCUUGUCUGGUAUGUUCUGGUAAUUUAACAAAAGACUGAAAAAUUUAUCACCAUAAAGUGACUGAUUAAAGUCCAUGUGAAUAAUUAUUGAUCAUUUAAUGGAGAACUGAGGCUUUUAUUUGUCAUUGUGUUGAUCCAACAAACUUAGUGAUGAUCUGUUCUAAAUGAAGAACAUCAGGUAGAACGUAGGUCAUUUAAUGAGAACAUCAGGUAGAACGUAGGUAGUUUAAUGAGAACAUCAGGUACAACGUAGGUCGUUUAAUAAGAACAUCAGGUAGAACGUAGGUCAUUUAAUGAUCCAUAGAUUUACCCACAGAACUGUAAGUCUAGAGGAAAUGUCUGCAUCCACAAUAAAUAAUGACAGAAAAUCAGACCUGUUAGAACAGACAGAGCCACCUGAUGAGGUUCUGGACCGGUAUCACCAGACCAGAACAGACCGGACCAGAACGAUCCGGACCAGAACAGACCAGACCAGAGCGAACCAGAACAGACCAGACCAGAACAAACCAGACCAGGACAAAGCGGACCAGAACAAAUCAGACCAGAACAAACCAGACCAGAAGAGACCAGACCAGAACAAACCAGAACAGACCAGAACAAACCGCAACAGAACAGACCGGACCAGAACAAACCAGACCAGAAUGAACUGGACCAGAACAGACCAGAACAGACCAGAACAAACCUCACCAGAACAGACCGCACCGGACCGGAACGAACCGGACCAGAACAGACCAAAAAAAAUGCACCAGAACAGAACAGACCGGACCAGAACAAUCCAGACCAGAGCAGACCAGGCCAGACCAGAACAAACCAGACCAGGACAAAGGGGACCAGAACAAAUCAGACCAGACCAGAACAAACCAGACCAGAACAAACCAGAACAGACCAGAACAGACCGGACCAGAAUGAACCGGACCGGAAUGAACCAGACCAGAACAAACUGCACCAGAACAGACCGCACCAGACAGGACCGGAACGAACCGGACCAGAACAGACCGGACCAGAACAAACCAGAACAGACUGGACCAGAACGGACCAGACCAGAACAAACCGGACCAAAACAAUCUGGACCAGAACAGACCGGACCAGACCGGACCAGAACGGACCGGACCAGAACGGACCAGAACAGACCGGACCAGAAGAGACCAGACCAGGACAAAGCGGACCAGAACAAAUCAGACCAGACCAGAAGAGACCAGACCAGGACAAAGCGGACCAGAACAAAUCAGACCAGACCAGAAGAGACCAGACCAGAACAAACGAGAACAGACCAGAACAAACCUCACCAGAACAGACCGGACCAGAUCAGACCUGAUUGAACCGGACCAGACCAGACCGGAACGAACCGGACCAGAACAGACCAGAUAAACCGCACAGACCAGACAAACCGGACCAGAACAGACCAGACCAGAACAGACCGGACCAGAACAGACUAGACCAGAACAAACUGGACCAGACCAGACCAGAACAAACCGGACCAACAACGACCUCCAGCGUCUGAGCUGCAGGUGGUAACGUGUUGAGGUUCUAGGUGUGAUUGAGGGAGUCAUGGAGCAGACUUGAUGUUUGCAUUCUGAGCUACAUCAUGGAGGUUUGUUUCUGAUUCAUCGAAGGAUUUCUUCUGGUGCUGAGGAGGAGUUUCAUCACCAGCUCUGUUCUACCAGAGCUGAAGGACGUCUGUAGCUCCUGUCUCAGGGGGAGACGAGCUGCAGACAGACCAGCUCUGGAGGCUGAACAUCAGAAACACUGGAGGAAGACGAUCAGAGGGUUUAGAGACUAACACCAGAGAAAUAAUUCACCUGAGAAAGAAAACGUUCUGAUCCUGCUGCUAGUGUUUCUGUACGAUGAUGCCAUCUCGAUGUGUGAUGAUGUCAUCAUGACGUUGUCUGUGUGAUGUCAUCACGAUGUCGUCUCUGU